AUGUAUGUUCCAAUGUCACCUCCGCCAGUAAUUACUGCAAAUAAUAAUAAUAAUUCAACAUCAUUAGAUGUUGGUGAGCAUUCACCAUCAACGAAUAUAUUUGAUCGGUACAGUGCUGCUGCUAAACGUUACAAAUAUCUUCGACGUUUAUUAAAAUUUCGUCAAAUGGAUUUUGAAUUUGCCAUUUGGCAAGUCGGACAUUUAUUUUAUGCGCCACAGAAAGUGUUUCGUGCAUUUCAAUAUCGAAAACAAACAAAAAAUCAAUGGGCAAGAGAUGAUCCAGCUUUUCUAGUGUUGCUGAUGGUGUUUCUUGUCGUUUCAUCGAUUAUCAUUGGAGUUGUCCUUGGAAUGGGAUUUUUCGGUAUUGUGAAACUUGUAAUAUGGGUUGUUUUGGUUGAUUGUGUUCUUGUUGGUCUUUUAAUCUCUACGAUUUAUUGGUAUAUCGCUAAUCGACAUUUGAUUGCAAAUCCUAAAUCUAGUAUUGAUGUUGAAUGGGCAUAUUGUUUCGAUGUACAUCUCAAUGCUGUACUACCCUUACUUGCUAUUUUACAUGUUGGUCAACUACCAUUUUUCAAUACAUUUGCUGUUACAACAAGUUAUCUCUAUUGUCUUAUUGGUAAUACUGUAUGGGCUAUUGCAGUUGGCUAUUAUAUUUAUAUAUUAUUUCUCGGUUUUAGUGCACUGCCAUUUCUUCGUAAUGUGCAUGUUCUGUUAUAUCCAUUAACAGGUCUCUUCCUUAUUUAUAUUCUUUCAAUUAUUGUUCGAUGGAAUUUUACUCAAAUGAUAGUGACAUUUUAUGAAUAUCGUGUUGGUCAUAAACGAUUACCAUAA